GGGUGUAUGUACACGCCGGUCUUACGGAGCGAGUGUACCUACGUAAGAACCGUCGAGUCGAUAGUCGUGUUGCUCAGAAGGGUCGUAUCGUCGUCAGUGUUUGCGAGGACCUCGUGCUGGAAAAAGCUCUCGGUCAUUAAUCUCGUACUUUUGGAGUCGACUGAUCGCGAGCAUGCCCGUGCCCAGGGGCAGAGAUAUCGACACAGACAUGGACCGUUUUCAAUAAAUAAUUAACCGGCGAGUCGAUAAAAAAAUUCCGAUAAUAAAAUAAUAAACAAGUGAGUGAAGAGAAGAUACUGAAAGAUUAUUGGUGGACAACAAAACUGCGAUGGUGGGGAUGAGCUUAAGCAUCAGCGACGAUAAAGGUAUUAGAUCGCGACUCUGGUGGGGAAGCUAUGGGUUGAUGUAAAUGAAAGCGAGAGAGAGGAGAGCUAAGACUAAAGAGUGAAGAGCGAGGAGUGAAGAGCAAAGAGAAGGAAGAGUAGGAGUCAGUAGAGAUCACGACAACGUCAACGAGGAGGUUUAAGAGGGAGAAGUUGUCGCCUGGUGGGAAAGGGGUUGCCAGAGUGGAGGCACCAGAGGCUACCAAGUGCUACUACUGGUGGUGGGAAGUGUCUAGGUGGGAAGAGUGCUGGGUUAAGUCCAAGGGAGGGUGGGUGGUGGAUCCGCGGCGGCGGUGUCGCGAGGCAACUGAGGUGACGCGAGACGAUUCGGAGGACAGGGAAGCCUCCAGCCGGAGGACAGAUCUAGGGAGACAACCGUGUGAGAACCAGUCUCUGCUUAUUGACAUGUCAAGUUGUUUUUUUUUUCGAAAUUGACUUACUAAUAAUUGAUUGAUUGAUUUGUAGAUUGAUUGAACUGGUGCGAGAUUGAAGUGACGUUAAAAAUAAAUUUGAAAAUCGGAUGGCUCGAUCAAAGAUAAAAAUAGUUAACAGUGAAUUCAAAGUUUUAUAAUUUUGUUAGCGAUGAGAUCUAAAUCUGUGGCGAGGAAACUUGGUCAGGGCAGUAGUGACGAAGGCGAGGCUGCCACUAGCGGAGUCGUCGAAAGCAGCACGGAAAUGGAAGACAGAAAUAUUUACGAUGGAAAAAGGCCUGAUGUGAUGCAAGAGUUCGCCUCCUCGACGCAGUUUAAGGACGAGUUUAAGGGAGUUAGUGACAGGAAAAGCAAGGAGAGAGAUGAUGAUAAGGCGUGGGAGUUUUCUGAUAGGCAGACUCGUGAUUAUCGGAUUGAUUACCAAACAAUAAAACAAGAACCAAAAGAAUCAAAAGAGCAAACCCGUGACUGGUUGUCACCGGUACCAGAAGUAGAAGUCGGAAGUUCAUCAUCCGGUCCUCUAGUCCGUGCGAGAAGAGAAAUAUCCCGGGGAACAAGAUUCGGGCCCUUUUUAGGCAAAUGGGCCAGCGAGCCGCACAAUCCUCGUUACGCCUGGGAGGUUCGCGUUCCCGGAAACGGGGUAAGAGGAUGGCUGGAUGCCUCACAUGAGCCGAGCAAUUGGCUUAAAUAUAUUCGCAGCACCGCCAGUCCACAUGCCGUCAAUAUGCGUCAUGUUCUCGUUGCCGGACAGAUGGUCUACGAAACAUUGAGAGAUAUAUCAAUAGGAGAAGAAUUACUGAUGGGUCUGCGAGAGCCGCUUCAGUUGCAGGACAUGCUGGGCGAGAACACGACUGAAGACAGGACAGACCGCGAGACCGCAUCGCAGCACAGUGGAACUGUUGAUGAGGAUCGUGAGGACGAGGAGGAUUGUGAAAUACGGUGUCCAGUUUGUGAUAAACCAUUUCAAGAUCUUGAAUUAUUAGAUAACCAUUUAGUAACAGGACAUCGUUACCCAUCGGACCAACACAUCUGCGACAGCUGCCCGCGUGCAUACGCCUGGCGCCCACUACUUGUACGUCAUCGGGCAAUAAUACACGGCGACCUACGGAAAUAUCCUUGCGAGAAUUGUCCAAAGUCAAACACGUCUCAGGUCUUCACAGAUCCAUCGAAUCUCCAGCGACACAUCCGGACGAACCACGUGGGAGCUCGCAGCCACGCGUGUACUGAGUGCGGCAAGACUUUUGCUACAAGCUCAGGAUUAAAGCAGCAUACUCAUAUUCACAGCAGCGUCAAGCCAUUCCAGUGUGAAGUCUGCUUCAAGGCGUACACCCAGUUUUCAAACUUGUGCAGACACAAGCGCAUGCACUCGACCUGCCGCAUGCAGCAGAACUGUCUUCGUUGUGGCCAGUCAUUUAGCACCGGAACUUCUCUGUCUAAGCACAAACGCUUCUGCGACUCGACUUCAGCGCCAGGUACACCAGCAGGACCAAGACCUGGUGCGAUGCCCCAACUACCAACGGCGACGUCUUCAAAUCCUUUCCUAGUUUAUCAACGUCAACAACUGGGACCUGGAUUGCCAUUUUAUCCUCAUAAUCUGAUGCCUCCUUAUCCGGGACUCUUUCCUAAUGCCCCGAGCUUUCUUAAUACUCCUUUACUAUUCCCUCCUAAACUCCAGCAACAGUCUCAGCAAAUGCCACAGCAAUCGCAACCCCAGCAGUCGCCUCGGCACCAAGAAGAAAUCAAACGCUGUGAAAGUCCUAAGAAAGAACGAUUCACUCCACCACAGCUGCCACCCCAGUCUAGCAAAAUAUCUCCGUCAAUGGCUGAAGAAGCUACGUCGACAUUCAGACCUUCUCCAGCGAGGCCAACAGUCCAAGUGACGCCUACUCCAGACAGUGAUGAAGACAAACGGAUCCAAGAAACUAAAGUAGUUAAGCGAAAACUGGAAACCGAUUCCAGCGAAGGGGAAGCUGAGCAACCACUUGAUCUUCGAGUAAUGAAACCUAAAAUAGCUGCCCCAGAGACGCCGAGUCCACCACCAGAACCAGAACCAGUUAAACAAGAGAAAGAAGACGAGAAAAUGGAGAUCGAGGUUAAGGCUCCGAGUCCUAGAGUUUCUCAUCACGAGAAUCCGCCGACUCCGCCGAUGGCCUAUCCAAGACCAAUUCAUCCCAUGUUUUUGGAAGCAAUGUACCGACCGACCGGCACAUUUCCGGGGUUUCCAGCGCCACCUCCACCACCGAAUCACAACGAGUCACGCCUACUGCCACCUUUGCACCCAUUCGGACCUCCAAGGAUUCCUUUUUUAGGGAAUCUCAUGAACGGACUGAGCGGCGCUCGCGGUGAGUUCGAUUUACUCUCCCGUACGCCUCUCGGUGCGUUUCCCGUCAAGCCCUUUCAGAACGUCAUGUCCCAACACCAUCCUCACCCGCACUCACACCACCACCACGUCUCCGGCAAAGUCAAAGACCGGUACUCGUGCAAAUUCUGCGGUAAAGUAUUUCCCCGAAGCGCCAAUCUCACCAGGCACCUGCGGACACAUACCGGGGAGCAACCCUACAAGUGCAAACACUGCGAAAGAUCCUUCAGCAUCUCCAGCAACCUCCAGCGGCACGUGAGAAAUAUCCACGACAAACAGCGACCCUUCAAGUGUCCCCUCUGCGAGAGAUGCUUCGGCCAGCAGACUAACCUAGAUCGGCACCUCAAGAAGCACGAGGCCGACGACGGUAGUGUUGUCGUCUCCGUCGCCGACUCCCCAAGCAGCAGCAAUGACAACGAGCGUGAGGACACUUACUUCGACGAAAUCAGAUCCUUCAUGGGAAAAGUCACCUACGGAACCGACAGCGGCUACGGAUUAACUCAUCCUGCCUACCUCCCACCCAGACUCGACGGCAAGGAGCCCGACUACGACGACGACGAGUACAGCGAAGAAGGCGUCUCCCCGUUGGAUGAAACCGACGCGUUAUCAGUCGAGGGUAAAGAGUCUCCAACUCAACAGUACGAACUUAAGUGCAGAAACAAACAGGAACUACUUAACAAUAAUACCGCUGAGCCUGUUAUCGAAAUCUCGACAUAGUCUUGAGAUUAAUAUUAAUAAUUAAUUAUUGUCAUUAUUAUUGUUAUUAUUUUCGCUUACUCGUACUCCUUAAAGGUGAUAUGAUUAAUUUUAUUAAUUAUUAAUUGUUCGCGAGCUUUUUUGGUUAGAUAGUUACAGAAAUAUUAAAAAUAUGUUAUUAUUGAUAAUUAUUAAGAAAAAAUGACUACACGUAAAUUUUUUUUAACGAUUGUUAUUAAUAUCGUUUAGCGACUGAAUAAUAAGUUAAUGACUAUUAAUCAUAAUUAAUUAAUUGAAAGGUGAUAACACGAUCAAAUCGUAAACUUUUAACAUAAUUGGUUAACUUGUAAAAUGGCACGAGUGAACCCGCCACCUGGGAUUCGACUUUGAUUAAUAAAUUUAUUAAUUGAUUAAUUAAUGAAAUGUAAUUAAUGUAUAACUGUACAAAUUAUAAAUUAUAGUUAAAAUGUAAAAUAUUAUAAAUAUAAAGUAUAUAUGGUAUAGACAAAUAUAUACUUUACAUAAAUCUAAAUAAAUGAUAAAGAUAUAAAUAUAUGAAUUUUUAUUAAUAUAUAUAAAUAUAUAAAUAAAUAUAUUAAUAGUGAAAUAUUAAAAAUAGUGAUUUGUUGGAAAAAUUUCAAAAGUAAUACACAGAAAAAAAUAAUUUUUUGGCGCGAAAAAUUUUUGAUUGUCCCAAGAAAUUUCUUUUUAUCAAUUGAGAGCAAAAAAUUUCUUGAGUCAAUUUUUCCUGUGCCAAGAAAUUAAUUUUUUCUGUAUACAGUAAUUUGAAAGUUAAAUCAAAAAUAUAUUUUAAUUGCACGAUUAAGUUCAAUUAAAAUUUUUUAACUGUAAAAUAUUUAGAAAAUUUUAAAGGUCAGGGUGGGAAUUAUAACCGAAUUUUAUAAUAUUACUUUUCUAAUUACGUCUUGCAUAAUUAUGUCGCUCGAAUGAUGAAAAUCUUUCAAAAAGCGUCUUAGACAUUUUUUUCGGAAGCCAUAAAAAUUUAUGUAACAGCAAUUAAUUAAUAAACUAAAAGAAAAGUAAAAUUCAAAAUUCGAUUAUCGCAGCCCAGCCUUGAAAGAAUAUUCAGGAGAGCACUGUCUAAAUUUAUGGGAAAAUUUAUUUUUAUGACGUUUUCUUGUAUAGCUGAGCCCGUAAAAGAAUGAUCUUUCUUUCUACAAUUUUUCUACAAGUUUUUGCUGCGCAUGCGCGAGUGCAAAUCCAUGGAUUUCAUAGCCAAGUAGCUGGAGAAAGCCCAUUCUUUCUCCAAAAAAAUUUAUGUUUUCAAUAUUUGAAGCAAAAAUUUUUUUUGGACGAGUAAAAUUGUUAGAAAUUUUUUUUUGUGCAUAAAUUUAAAUAAUUAGCAUCGCAAAUAAACAGAAAUAAAUAUUUUCAUUCGUUGGUAUUUUAAAUAAAAUUUUUGAAAGACAGCGACUCUGAUGAUUAAUGAAAUUUAAAAAAAGUAUCGUUUGAAAAUAACUGAAACAUAUCUCGGAUUUUCCUCUAUAGUUAAUUGAUAAAAUAAAAAUAUAAAUAAUGAUAAUCUUGCAAAUUGUUUAAGUAUAAAUGAAUAAUAAAUAUUAAUGAAAUAA